AUGCAUGGCAUGUACAGGCCUGACGGUAACACGAACUACCCCGUACGUGCUCGCAGCUAUGAUGCUUCCGAUGUAACAAGCGCAGAAUCGAACAUGGUCCAUGCGUUCCUCGAUCACGAACUACGUCACUCAUCUUCCUUCGUUUCUAUAUACGUAUCGAAGGUGGGCGGCACAGUUAGCCUGCUCAACUUCAGCCCCAAGACGCGCCAAUGGGAACGCAAGGUGAUUUUCGAGGACGAAACGGUCACUGUCCAGGAUCGCCACAGUAGCGCAAUCCGUGUACCAAUUGGGGGCGAUGGGUACCCAUCUGCUGCUAUGAUGUUGUGGGACGACAGCAUGCUCGAGCCAGCUGUCUCCCUGGCGUUCGCAGCAAACACUCCCGAACGGCCAGAUGCCGCUCCGCCCAAGUCCUCCAGUAAAGCAGACCUUUGGCACCGUCGACUUGGUCAUCCUAGCCGCGACGCACUUGCACACACUCGCGCUGUCACCACAGGACACGACAUUCCCCAAACUCCGGCUAGUGGCACAGAGACCGGGACUGGAACUUUAUGCGAUGUGUGCAUACGCAGCAAGGCCGUCUUGAGUAAAAUAGGAGUAGAUAAUGGGACGUUGUCGGGAGUACCAGUCUGCUUCUUUAUAAACAGAUAUACUCAAAUUGGCAACAUAAGGAAGAGAAGUAAGGUGCAUCAAGGUACAGGCGCGAUUGAAGUAGAUCGGGGACAUUGUCGCAGUUGCGAGCAUUAUUAUUCGGAUCCGAUUAAGCCCGGUCUGCUUAUCUAA